AUGCUUGACAGCUGCGUGCGGCCUGGUGGCCUGGUGGCCUGGUGGCCUGGUGGCUGCGGCGCCCUCGCACGCCACGCCCGCUGCCUGCUUGCGGCGGAGACAUGGCUGCUCGGCGCCGCCAAGGGUGACGUGACUGCCAACGAACGCCUUGCCUUGGACAGCAGAAGGCAGAUGGCAGAUGGCAGAUGGCAGAUGGUCUAG